CGCGUCCAAGCACCCACACACCCCCUGACUCCCAGACCAGAGCUCCGUUUUUUCAUACCCGCUUCUAACUCAGCCCUUGUCUUUCCAUAUGAGAGACAGAUUGCGCAAAUUAGUUACGAGUGCUUGCACAACCCUAACAAUAUAAGAAAAUACCCCCCUCCGCGUUUCCCCCGCUCCACCAAGCAUCCUUCAUCUCUCCUCAAAAUUUUAUUCUUUUUUUGUGACUCUACUCUUCACGUGCAAACAUGCCAUCCCGCCCUCAGAAUAUCGGCAUCAAGGCCAUUGAGAUUUAUUUCCCAUCUCAGUGCGUCGACCAAGCCGAACUCGAAAAGUUCGAUGGAGUAAGUCAGGGUAAAUACACCAUCGGCCUUGGCCAGACGAAGAUGAGCUUCUGCGAUGAUAGGGAAGACAUCUACUCUAUGUGCCUUACCACCCUCUCUUCCCUCCUCCGCAAGUAUUCCAUUGACCCCAAGUCAAUUGGUAGACUUGAGGUCGGCACAGAAACCAUCCUCGAUAAAUCCAAGUCCGUCAAAUCGGUAUUGAUGCAGCUGUUCGCGGAAUCGGGAAACACAAACGUCGAGGGCGUGGACACGGUGAACGCGUGCUACGGGGGAACCAAUGCGAUUUUCAACUCGGUAAAUUGGGUGGAAUCAUCCGCGUGGGAUGGCAGAAACGCCAUUGUGGUUACUGGCGAUAUCGCCCUGUAUAAGAAGGGGGCUGCUCGCCCAACUGGUGGCGCUGGCUGCAUUGCCAUGCUUAUCGGGCCCGAUGCGCCUAUCGUCUUCGAGCCCGGUCUCCGCGGUUCCCACAUCACCCACGAAUACGAUUUCUACAAGCCAGACCUCACCAGCGAAUACCCUUACGUCGACGGCCACUACUCAAUCAAAUGCUACACACAGGCCGUUGACGCCUGCUACAAGGCCUACAAUGCCAAGGAGAAAUUCUUGCAAGCCAGGGCACAGCAAAAUGGUAGCGCUAAUACAACCGCCGUAAACGGCAGCACCGCCAGCAACGGCGAAUCCACCUCCAACACCAAGACCCCCCUGGACCGCUUCGACCACGUGGUCUUCCACGCACCGACCUGCAAGCUCGUCGCCAAGUCCUACGCCCGCCUGUUGUACAACGACUACCUCGCUGACCCAGCCCACCCGGCCUUCGCGGAGGUCCCCGCCGAGCUUCGAGAUCUGGACUAUGAAGCCUCCCUCAGCGACCGGGCCAUCGAGAAGGCCUUCAUGGCGUUGGCGAAGAAGCGCUUCAACGAGCGCGUGCAACCCUCCAUCGAGGUGGCGACGAUGUGCGGGAACAUGUACUGCGCAAGCGUCUACGGAGGUUUGGUCAGUUUAUUGACGAACGCGUCGUUCGAGAACGCGGCGCAGCACCAGAAGCGGAUUGGGGUCUUCAGCUAUGGCAGCGGGCUUGCGAGCUCCAUCUUCAGCGUGAAGGUUGUGGGCGAUAUUUCGGGGAUUGUGGAGAAGAUUGAUCUGAAGAAACGCCUUGCGGCGAGGAGGACUGUUGCGCCGGAGGUCUACGACGAGAUGUGUGUCCUACGCGAACAUGCUCAUCUCAAGAAAAACUUCACACCCGCCGGAAACAUCGACACCAUCACACCCGGAACCUACUACCUGGUCAAGGUGGAUGAUAUGUUCCGACGAGAGUACCAGAUCAAGGCAUAGGUAGCAUCACCAUCCCGCAGAUACCCAACAUACCUACAUCCCCUACGGUAUUAUUAUCAUGACAUGUUAAAGGGAGGUGGGGGAGGGGUAGCUCGGUUUCAGAACCCAACAGAGGAUUCUUUAUUAUAUAGCUUCUCUUUCUCUCUUUCUCCUCUAAUAUAUUUUUUCGUUAAUUUAUUAAUUCAUUUUCUUUCUUAAUUC